UGCGCAUUUGUACCAUUGUAAUCGAUUCGAAUCGCUGAUCAGCAAACAUAAAAAUAAUUCCUCUACCUCGUAAAUUAAUAUUCGAAAUGAUGCGUAGCCCGCGGAUGAGUUAUAUAUUCUUCGAAGAUUCACUACGCAGAAGAGUUCUACGAAAGAAACGGGGCAAACUCAAUGAAUCGUCAACCGUUCCUUCCUCAUCGCUUAUCCGAGGCCGUAAAACAGAGAUCCAGGAAUGUUCCGGGUUGGAUUUACUGCCUACACCUGGAGCAAAAACUUGCUCAGAACUCAAUGGUUUUUCGGUAACAGUGCCUCCGUCAUCGCUUCUUCAAACCCGGAGCAACGAGAUCAAACCAAAAGAGAUUUUUCAGCUAAACGUAUCAUCACCCACGUUUCCUUCAUCAUCGUCUCUCCAAACAUUCGACGCAGACAUCCAUACAUACGCCGGAACGGAAUUAUUCCCUGCACUUGAGGAAAACAUUUGCUCGGAACUCGAAGAAUUAGAUGUUGACCAAUGUUCUAAUAUUCGCAACAUAAUGUGGCCCCAGUUGAUCGAUACGGUUGAAUCACACGAUAUUACUGAGUCGGAGGUGGAACAUUUUGAAAACUCUUCGAACAAUAUGUUUGAGACACAUGGAGAAAGUGCAGACUCAGAUGUGUAUCAUCCUAGUUUGAACGUUAGGAAGUCUGAAGUAUUAUUCAUGGUUAUGAAUAUAUUCAUGAAUCACCAUUUAUCAAACUCUGCGUUGGAAGAUAUCCUAAAGAUGCUCAAUAUUAUUACUGGUUAUGACAACCUUCCAAAAACAUUCACUAAAUUUAGCGCCUAUUUUUCUAAACAUACUUUGUCACGUCAUUACUAUUGUGAGACUUGUGUGACAUACAUUGGUACAAACGCUCGCUGUUUAAAAUGUGACAAAGACAUUUCGGAAUUCUUUGUAACUUUCGAUAUAGUACCAAAUCUAACAGACAUUUUAAUUAAACACUGGGAAAGUUAUGAAACAUUUUCUGCAACGAAUAUGACAGGAAGAGUUAUUGAGGAACGAAAAAGGGUGGACACAAAUUUAAUAACACUGAGCUUUAACACAGACGGUGUUAAAGUUUACAAUUCUUCGGCCAAAAAAUCUUUAUGGCCGAUUCUACUUUCUAUUAAUGAGUUGCCUCCAUCACUGCGUUUUUCUAAAAACAAUAUCAUUGUAGCAGGGCUUUGGAUGGGGUCAAAAGAUCCUGAUUUCAACAUCUUCUUGAAACCGCUAAGCGAUGCUUUAAAGGAGUUCAAUAGCACAGGCAUAACCUUGAAUAAACGAAGAAUCUCGGCAAUAUACAUCACUGCUUGCUGCGUGGACACUGUUGCAAGAUGCAAGCUGCAAAACUUUAAGCAGUUUAAUGGAUACGACGCGUGCGGCUAUUGUUCACAUCCUGGAAAUAUUAUCGGCAAACAGGCAAGCAUCGAGACCACUAUCGGACGAAGGCGGACAACCAGAGAGGUUGCAAAAUUCGGUAACGAGAGCAGUGGCGGCAUUCAAACGGCAUCCGAUGUGGGUCAACGGCGGGCGGCAGUACAAAUGGCUGCGACAAAUGGUUCAGCACAACACGAGGUCCAAAAUGCGUCAUCAACGGUCAGCACAACAGGAAAAUUUUGA